AUGGUUCGCAUCAAGCAUCGCUAUCUGCUGUUGAACAUCCUCUACCCAACUCCACCUCCCCAACAGAAGGGAAAAGCAGAUGAAAAAGAUCUUCCAUGGACAGUAACCUUCCGCCGCCCAUCUCCCGACCGUCUGAACCCACAACUUCUAGCCCGCAUGAUCCGCGAUGGCGUCGCAGAACUAUUCGGAGAAUAUGGAGCGGGGAUGGUGGCGGGUAGUCUGCAGGUGAAAUAUCUUUCAUCAGCAACCAGUACAGCGAUUGUACGCGUUAGCAGAGCACAUGACCGUCUUGUUUGGGCGGCUUUGAGCUUUGUAACACACGUUCCUGGGGGUAGACCAGAGAGGUGUGUAGUGCAGGUUGUGAGGGUCAGUGGAACGAUCAAGAAGGUCGAGGAGGAGGCCGUGCGGUUGGCUAGGAGGGGCAUUGUACGAGCCCAGAAAGGACCAGAGGCUCUAGAGGACGAUAUGGACCAGAUUGAUCGGAUGGAAGUUAUUGACUCGGAUGGGAGUGGGGAUGAGGGCUGA